GGGGAGGGCUCCUGUACCUUUAAGAGCCACCUCAAAGGCACCAGGUGUGGCUUUUCCCAUCACAUCCUUGCAGUGAUUUGAAGAGGUUCUUCAGGGCAGCUUCUGGGACUAUGUAGCUUGGGCUGCAGGCUACAAAGUGGUCUCUAUUUUUUCUUCAAGGCUUGGAGUAAACAUGGCCGAAGCCCCCCUGAAGAAAGCUCAGCAGUGGCCUCAGCUCCUCACUUCUCCACCAGAGAUUCUUGGAGAGAUCCUGAGCGAGCAGUUUGGCCCCCUGCCUUUCAUGGCACCCAUUACCCGAAUGAAGAGGAAGCCUUCUGGCUACUACUUUCCCACUGAGAACCGGGAGCAGGUCCUGGGUAGGAGGCAUGCUGCUAACGCCAAAGAAAGAGAAAGGAUAAAGAACUUGAAUAGCGGUUUUUCCAAGCUCAAGUCUCUUGUGCCACUGAUCCCAAAAGACCGGAAGCCUAGUAAAGUCGACAUGCUUAAAGCAGCAGCCGAAUACAUUCGCUUGCUGCACUUGAUCUUGGAGGAAACAGCGGGACGUGAGAAACUGGAAGACCCAGUUGAAGACAAACCUUCUGGGACCACUUCGGUGCCAGUCCCCCUGGAGAGAAGCUUAUUGGGAAACAGAGUGCCACAGAGUUCCAGCUGCUAUUUUAAAGUGGAGAGUGGCACACAGACUGCAUGCUCAAAUGAGGUGCUGGAAGCCCCUAUAUAUACAUGGAGGGAGACUGUUCUGCCAGCUUACGUGGGGCUCAUAGAGCUUCACAAAAAUGGAUAAUUGGUUCUCCAUAAUGGAUGGGUGCAGGAUCUUUACUUCCAGAAUGAGCACUUCUUUCCCUAAAGGGAUUUGGGUGGUUCCUGCCCCCCCCCUCUUUAUAAUAGCAUUUAAUUUGUCUAAAAUACAAUAAAGCUUUGCACUAAUUUA